AUGUCAGCACCUGGCGGUGGUCGCAAAAAAGCUCUCCUCAAAGUAAUCAUACUAGGUGAUUCGGGUGUUGGGAAAACAUCACUAAUGAACCAGUAUGUAAACAAGAAAUUCAGUAAUCAGUAUAAGGCGACAAUUGGUGCUGAUUUUCUAACAAAAGAUAUAUCAGUUGGUGAUCGAACUGUUACUAUGCAGAUUUGGGAUACAGCUGGACAGGAACGUUUUCAAUCGUUGGGUGUUGCCUUCUAUAGAGGAGCGGAUUGUUGUGUGCUUACAUAUGAUAUCACUAAUGCCAGUUCUUUUAGAAGUCUUGAAUCGUGGAGAGACGAAUUUUUGAUUCAAGCAAGUCCACGCGAUCCUGAACAUUUUCCAUUCGUAUUAUUGGGUAAUAAAAUUGAUCUAGAAGCUAAACGUGCCGUUGGUGCCAAAAGGGCCCAAGCAUGGUGCCAGACAAAAAACAAUAUCAAAUAUUAUGAGGUAUCGGCUAAAGAAGCUGUAAACGUAGAGCAAGCAUUUAUUGAAAUUGCUCGUGAUGCUUUAAAGCGCGAAGCGCAAGAUGUGCAAGAUUUUCCGGAAUUUCCAGAUCAGAUUCGUUUGGAUCAUCGGGAAACAGCACAGCCAUCUAGUGGUUGUAAUUGCUGA